GUGUAUUGUUCUCUCACUCUUGCACAUGCAAGAAGGCAAUUUUGCAUCCCAUUCUCACGUAGAUUUCAUUCGAACAUCGAAGUCACGGGAUUUUUCGUGGAAAAUUCGCUCAAAAUUUUUCAAGUCGACUUUUCGCCCUUAAAGCAGGACGUUUCCACCCAUCAAUUGGAUUAAAAGGGGAUUUCUUGUGAGAAAAGUGCGCGAGAAUGUCUGAAUACUGGCUCAUAUCGGCUCCUGGCGACAAGACAUGCCAGCAAACGUGGGAGACGAUGAACAACGUGACGAGCAAGCAGGGGAAUCUGUGCGAGAACUACAAGAUGCACAUCCCGGACCUCAAGGUGGGCACCCUUGAUCAGCUCGUGGGCCUGUCGGACGAUCUCGGCAAGUUGGACACCUACGUGGAGUCCAUUACGCGCAAGGUGGCCGCCUAUUUGGGUGAGGUGCUCGAGGAUCAGCGCGAUAAGCUCCAGGAGAAUUUGCUGGCCAACAACACUGAUCUUCCAUUGUACAUCACCCGCUUUCAGUGGGAUAUGGCCAAGUAUCCAAUAAAGCAAUCGCUAAGAAAUAUCGCUGAUAUCAUCUCGAAGCAAGUUGGGCAGAUUGAUGCAGACCUCAAGGUUAAGUCGUCAGCCUACAACAGCCUCAAGGGGAACUUGCAGAAUUUGGAGAAGAAGCAAACUGGAAGCCUCCUUACGCGCAAUUUGGCGGAUAUCGUCAAGAGGGAGCACUUUAUCCUCGAUUCUGAGUAUCUCACGACGCUCCUCGUAAUUGUGCCCAAGGCCCUCGUGCAGGACUGGAAUGGUCACUACGAGAAACUUACGGACAUGAUUGUACCGCGUUCAACGCAGUGCAUUACGCAGGAUCAGGACUUUGCCCUUUACACGGUGACACUAUUCAAGAAGGUUGUUGAUGAGUUCAAGCUGCAUGCGCGUGAGAAGAAGUUCGUCGUGCGUGAGUUCACGUACAACGAGGAAGAGCUCGCGGCGGGUAAGAAUGAAAUCACGAAACUCGUGACGGACAAGAAGAAGCAAUUUGGGCCGCUUGUGCGAUGGCUCAAGGUGAACUUCAGUGAGUGCUUCUGUGCGUGGAUUCACGUGAAGGCACUCCGUGUCUUUGUGGAGUCCGUACUGCGGUAUGGAUUGCCCGUAAACUUCCAGGCUAUCCUCAUUCAUCCGCACAAGAAGAGUACCAAGAGACUCCGCGAUGUCCUCAAUCAGCUCUAUGGGCACUUGGAUGGUUCUGCGGCAUCUUCCGGCGGUAGCAAUGCCGACACCGUUGAUAUUCCUGGCCUUGGAUUCGGUCAGUCUGAAUACUAUCCGUAUGUGUACUACAAAUUAAAUAUCGAUAUGGUGGAGUCGAAGAUGUAAAACAAAAAUACGCAGCCAGCUUUAUGAGCCGAAUGAGUUAAUCGAUAAUAAAAGAAAAAAAAAUAAUAAGAAAUUAUCUUUGCAAAAAAAAGAAGAUAAAACAAUAACACAUGCGGGCCAUUUGUAGAUGAAUAAUUUUAGUUGAUUUUUUCUCCCAUUUCCUUUUUUGUUUUUCGCAAAAAAAAUCCAUUAAAAAGAAGAAAAUUUUGAGAAAUGAAAAUGAAAAAUUGCGAUUGAAGAAAAAUCAGUAUUUAGCGGAUUUAGGUUGUUAAGUGGAAAAACAAAAUAAAAAAAAGAAAAAUCGUGUAAAGAAAAUUAUCCAAAAAUUAAUGAAAAAAGACGGAUAAAUUGUAAAUAUUUGUAAUUUUUUGAAAUUUCCAAAUAAUUUGUCCUCCUUCAUUGUUUUUUUUUCUCCUUGUUUUGUUUCCUAAAAGCAUCAAAGUGGUGGCAUAAAGUUCAUUCAAUUUUUAGCGUCAAUGUUAGUGAAGAAAUAAACAUUAAAAAAAAGUUUCAAAAAAACAUUUCAAUGUAUUUAAAAAAAAUUAUUGCAUGUGGAGCGUUGUCCUUUAUUCGAGAAGAAGUAAAAAAAGGAUUUAAAAAAAAACGCCCGCCCGGCGUUUCAGGAUAGAGUUUAUAAAAACAAACGGAAAUCUGUUGAAAAAAAUGAGUUAUUAUUGUAAAUAAAGAAAAUAUAUAGAGAGAAAACAUUCCAAUAA